AGAGCUAAGGCUAAAAGUUGACACUGAUAUAUUAUUUAUUCAUGCUGAGCCAGUUCAAAGACAACAAAAUGCUUUCAUGCGAAAACGAAGAGGUGCCACCCUCAACAUAUAGAAGACAGAGGAGGAGAGAGAAAAGCAGAGAUGCAGCACGGUGCCGAAGAAACAAAGAAUGCGACAUUUUUCAAGAAAUCUGUGAUAAUCUUCCUGUUGCACAUGAUGUUAUUGGACAAUUAGACAGAUCAGCUUUAUUAAGAUUGGUGAUCAGUUACAUCAAACUGAGACAAGCGUUACCCAAAACAAUGUUCUCUGAUUCUAUAGCGGAUGUUAUAUCAGAUUUAUCAAUAAAGCAAGAAAAUCCAGCUCCAGUAAUAUCAAAUGAUGAUUACGUAAAUGCAUUGAAUGGAUUUAUUUUAAUCAUUUCCACGGAUUACGACAUUCUAUACGCCUCUGAAAAUGUGAAAGAAUAUCUAGGUCUUUCCCAUCUUGACCUCAUUGUCCAAAACAUACUCUCAUACACACAUGAAGGGGACCAUGAUGACAUUAGAAACUGCUUCCGAGAAAGUGAAGGUAAAUCACUGAGGAAGUCCUUCUUCCUAAGAAUGAAGAGCACCCUCACUCCAAAUGGAAAAACCACAAACUUAAAAUCCGCAUCAUAUAAAGUUCUCAGAUGUACAGGCAUGAUUACACCAAGUCAAGCUCAAAGCGAUACGUCAGCAUUUGUGGCGCAUGUUCAACCUAUACCCCAUCCUUCCAACAUACAACAUGUACUCGACAGCAGAACUUUCCUGAGCCGACAUUCGCCUGAUAUGAAGUUUACAUACUGGGAUGAGAGAAUGUCCGAAAUACUUGACUAUGAUGCAGAAGGCUUGAUGGGAAAAUCAUUUUAUGAUUACGUGCAUGUUAUGGAUGCCAAAGCCAUUGCGAACAGCUUCCAAAAAUUGUAUAGACUGGGACAAAUUGAGACAGAGCGCUACAGGUUCCUAAAUAAGAAUGGUGGUUACCAUUGGGUCAUUACACAAGCAACAGUAAUUACUGGCAACAAGAAUCAAAAAGCGCAAUGUGUCGUCUGCAUACACUAUGUCAUUGGCGAGUCAACAGAGACUGAAAUGAUUUUCUCCUCUGAGCAACUACAGUGCGCCAGACUGCUUCAAAUAAAAGAACAAGAAGCGACCAUCUCAACCCAGGACCUAACACUCGAACUAUCUCCAAACUGUGUAUUCGACGACCGUCCCCUCACUUGUGACGUAUUUCCGGUUAAUACAGCUAUGCCAGAAGAGCAACAACCGGCCGACGACGACUGCAGCAUUGUCCCGCUUACUUUCGCUGUACUGGAUGAAAACGACAAUCUCUGCGGUGACGAUGUCUUUUUCAACGCCCCUUCUAUUGGAGACCCGUGGUCUUUUACAUCAAGUGCCACAAGUGUUCAAGAAAAACUGGAAGAUCUUUUCAGCUACGUAGCAGUGGAUAAUCUACAAGCCCCGCAAGCUGGGCAAGAGUUUUGCGACAUGUCGAAGCCACAAUGCGCGCCAUUGACACACCAACUUAACGUUGGAAAACAAGACUUUACAUGGAACCGCGGCGAAAACCCGAGCGCCCCAGUGAGUCCAUGCGACAGUGCAUACUGUGGGAGCCCAAUACCUUUGCUACCACCUUUCCCCGAGUUAGAGCCACCAGACGAACGAAACGUCUACCAACAGCGAAAACGGGCCUAUCAAAACGUGCCCGUCUCAAGCGAGCAAUACCGCGAGCACCAGGAGAAUAUGCGUCGAGGUUUUGUGCUCAACAAAGACCCAGCGUUCAUUGCUAAACCAAGAAAACGUUACCGACAAGAAUCAGAAUGCAACAGGAAGCUGGCAGACAUGCCUGAAUUCGUGGCUGCCGAAUCCAAACGCCGAUGCUACGAGCUUGGACAAGCUACAGCCCAGCCAACAAAGCAAGCCAACAACAUGAACGACUUCACAUUCCAACAGUUUGCUAACGUUCUUCUGCAACCUGGUACAGGGUACGGACCGACAGGAAAUAGCUGCGGCGGUAACAAAGGCGGGGCAAUUCUAUCGUCCAAUUUCUUGCUCCAACCGUCAGCGGACUUUGGACAAGCAAACACAACUGGGCGAGGUCUUCCACGAAAUUCAAGUGGAAUUUUACCCGAGCUUUCGCUGCACGACUGUGAGGUGAAUGCCCCUUUACCAGGCCGUGGCUUUUUCCCUGUAGGCGUGGAAUGCGUGCACGCGUUAGACGAAGUGUUCUGACAACGGAGUUUUCACUUGCGUUCUGGUAAAGCAGUCUGCAAAAAAAAGCCCGUUUUAAAGUUUCAAUAUAACACCAAAGCCGCGAUGUCCGCCGCGGAACAGGAUUACGGAAUCCUGCGUCUGCGCUGGGUCAGUCGCUAAGGUGUAUUUAUUUCGUGUAACGUCGUAAAGAGCUCGUUUGCUUUUUGACCGAAUUUCAGGUCAGACAUAUAUUAUCCAUUGCAUCGUCGUAAUCGUUUUUUUUUCUGCAAAUUUUUUGUCCUAUUUUGAGACUGCAAAUUAUUGUCUUAUUUUGACUUAAUUAUGAUCAUUAAAUAUUCCCAAACGGGUAAAACUUUACUAAUCACCCGUCCUUAUACUUUCUAUCUCAGCAUUGUUUCUUUUCAACUUGAGUUUAUCUAAAAGAUUCCAAAAAUAUUUGAACUGAGCCGUAUUCGUAUCAAUCGUAUUAGCAUGUACAGUAUAAACGCUGUACAUAAAUGACCUACGAUCCCACAUACGUACAUGAUAUUUCGAUAAACGAAAAUUCAUUCGUUUAAAAAUUUCCCAAACAUUUAGAUUUAUUGACUUUUUCCUGCUACUUGCUGUGUAUGUAAAAUGCUUAAAAGCUCUUUCCCGCUAACAAACGUUAACAUUUCCCAAAUUCGUUGCCGCUGUUCAUUAGCGCCGUAUAGCGUACAAACUUUUGUGCGUUCCACGUUUUGCUUGACGGGCUGUGACUGGUUUUAACCGGUCUGGCCCAGAUCAUACCAGCUUGGCUCUAUAUCCGGCGUAAACACACUGGCGUUGGUUACGUUUUUCUCUGGUGUUCAUUUCUUUAACAUUACGCUGUACAGUGUUGUGUCAAGAGUGGAAUAAGUAAUGAACCUGAAUAAAUGAAGGAAGCA